GAAGAAUGUCCCUCGCCGGGACCCGUCGGCCGAACGCGGAGUCGCCGUUGGGCUGAGGCGCGCGGCGGGUUAAGAUGGCGGCGCCCAGCACGAUGAAAAUCUCCUGAGGGAAACGGCGGGGGGAUUUUAUGUUUUUUAAACCCUUCCCGGCGGUUUUGCGAGCCGGUUGGCUUUCUUUUCUCUCCGGGAGGAAGAUAUAUCUCGUUUUUGGCGAAAGGCGGGGACGGCUAAGCCUUUUGGGGGAGCUGUUUUGCUUUUAUUCCCCAUUGAGUGCGAGGGGGGACAAUGCUGAGGACUUUGAGAAAACUCAUCCCUCGGGGAUACCAGCUGGAACAGGAUGGCUUUCUCUACCCCCGAACCUGGCAGAGGACAAUGUCAACUCAGAACGUCCAGCUUCAACCAGAAAUGCUCAGGGCGGGCUUUGUUACCAGCGAGAAUGACCCAGCGAAACACAGCGAAGAGCACCUGGGUCAAUACUACACGAUCCCCCCCGAGGAAGUGAAGGAGACCCUCCCUCACGGGCUACCAGCUCGCUUCAAACUCCAGAUGAAAACCUUCAACGAAGCUUGCAUCAUGGUUCGACAGCCGGCGGUAGAACUCAUCACCUACUUGAAACACACUAACUUCUCUCAUCCAGCCGUCCGAUAUCUCCUCUAUGGAGAGAAGAGUACAGGAAAGACCAUGGUUCUCUGCCACGCUGUGCAUUAUUGUGCCAGGCAGAAUUGGGUCAUCGUUCACAUUCCAGACGCUCACCUCUGGGUGAAGAAUUGCAAAGAAAUGCUGCCGUCCUCUUACAAUACCGAGCGGUUAGACCAGCCCGUGGAAGCGGCAAACUGGCUGAAGAAUUUCGGAAUCACCAAUGGAAAAGUUUUAGCCCAGAUCAAAACACAACAAAAAUACAUAUGGGGCAAGCGAGACAUCACCGAAGAAGGCUGUUCUCUGCUAGACUUGGCUGAGAAGGGCAUGGCUUGGGUGAAGUACGCCAGCGACACCGUCGGGGUGAUCUUGAAAGAGCUGAAGCAGCAAUCUGGCCGGGGAUCCUUCCGGCUGCUGGUGGCGGUAGAUGGGAUCAACUCCCUUUGGGGGAAGACGGCCUUGAAGCAUAACAAGCAAGAGGUCACUGUGGAGGAGCUGACGCUGGUACACAAUCUCAAGAAGAUGGUGAAGAACGAUUGGGCAGGAGGGGCCAUUGUGGCCACGCUCAGUCAAACAGGAGCACCCUUCGCCCCCCGACCGCUUUAUUUGCCCCACGAGUUGCUGGGACGGGAUGGUUUUGCUGCUUUGGAUCCUUUUAUUCCCAUCGAGGUUCGCAAUUACACAGAUAUGGAGUUUGAGGCCUGCUACCAGUAUUAUCUGGAGCGCAAGUGGCUACAGCACGAAAAAGCCAAUACCAAGGAGGGGAGACUGGAGCUCCGUUUUCUCUCUGGACGUAACCCCGGAUUGUUUGAGCGAAUCAGUGCUUUCUUGUAGCCAAGAAUCUUUCCCAACGACCCACGGACAUCAUGGCUUAAGAAAUCCCCUUGUAAUAAAUGUUUUAAAAGCUA